AUGUUUCGCUAUGCGCUGAGAAGGAUUGCAACCCAGCGUCUGCAGAGACUCAGAGGGGCCUCAACUCCCUUUCGCAACUCGUCAUGGCGCCGCCAUUGCAGGUGCAUUCACGACUUGAGUGGUCUCGCAAACGUCGAUGACCCACCUUUCAUCAGCAAUGACACCAUCUAUGCCCUUUCGUCAGGCCCGGGAAGGGCUGGUAUAGCGGUGAUCCGAAUAUCAGGGCCUGGAUGUCUCGAUGUCUACAGAUGCUUGUGUCCAACAAGAGAUCCGCCCAAGGCUAGGUACGCUGGGGUGCGAACCUUGUUUGAACCGGGUCCUACCAGCAUAUCUAAGCUAAAUGUCUUGGACAACGAUGCCCUUGUGCUAUACUUUCCCAACCCCAAGACGGUCACUGGUGAAGACGUACUCGAGCUCCAUGUUCAUGGAGGGCCCGCAACCGUGAAGGCCGUGCUCUCCGCCAUCCGCAAGUGUUCGUCAUUGACGAAGAUCCGCUAUGCCGAACCAGGCGAGUUCACGAGGCGGGCCUUCUUUAAUGGCCGUCUUGACCUAGCCCAAGUCGAGUCGUUAGGUGACACCCUUGCUGCCGAGACCGAGCAGCAACGACGAGCAGCCGUUGGGGGCAACUCGGGCGUCCUAGGAAAGACGUACGAUAGCUGGCGCGAGCAGUUGUUGCUCGCCCGUGGAGAGAUCGAAGCUCUCAUUGACUUCUCAGAAGAUCAGCACUUUGACGAGUCGCCUACUGAACUUCUCACUAACGUUACUAAGCUCGUGGAGCGCAUACUCAACUCUAUCCAGCUUUAUAAACUUGGCAGUCGACGAAGCGAGUUGCUUCGAAAUGGAAUCCGCAUAGCGCUUUUAGGGCCGCCGAAUGCCGGGAAAAGCUCGCUAAUGAACCUGAUUGUUGGCCGCGAGGCAUCAAUUGUUUCGUCCGAAGCAGGGACAACGCGGGACAUUGUUGAAGCGAGCCUCGAUAUCCGAGGUUACCUCUGCUCCUUCGCAGAUACAGCUGGAAUUCGGACGAAUUCUUCUGACACCCGCAGCACCUCGGAGGGAACCCCGACUUCAGCGAUUGGGGCCAUCGAAAAGGAGGGCAUCCGGCGCGCGCGACAGAAGGCGUUGGAGUCAGAUAUCAUCAUUGCUCUUGCUUCGAUCGAAGUGGCGAAAUCCGGUGGCCAUCGGUUAAACUACGACAUGGAGACGCUUCAGUUAGCGGCGGCCGCACCGAAGUGCCUCGUUGCGGUGAACAAAGCUGACGUGGUGAGCCCUGACACGUUGAACUCGCUUCUGGAUGAUUUCAGAGCGUCCGCAUUGGGUACCGUCGGCGGGCUCCGCGAGAUAGAGCCACUCGUUGUAUCCUGCAAGGCUGCGGCAUCACCACCACCAGCUGCAGAGCUUACCGACCCCGGUGGCAUACAUGGCCUCACCGAGAAACUAGCCGAGUCAUUCUCGGAUCUGACAUCGGUGCCUAGUGGCAUGCAACACUUGCUUGGCGUUACGGAACGGCAGAAUCAGCUUCUUUCUGAAUGUGAACAACACCUUCUAGACUUCAGGGCUGAGGCCAGGAAAAGUGACCCCCACGACGAGCCGGAUGUCGUCCUUGCGGCGGAGCACUUGCGCCUUGCCGCCAUACGACUUGCUUCCAUUACCGGCCGUGGCGAAUCAGGGGACGUCGAGGAGGUUCUAGGAGUCAUAUUUGAAAAGUAA